CACAGAGUGGCAGGAUCGGGGAAUAGGGAGUGGAGCAGGUCUCCUCCGUAGGACGCUUAAAGGACCGAGCCUUUCAAAACCCAUACAUUUCACUAGAGGACGGGCUACAGAGAAGACACACCUCUCGGGAUUGCUGGGGACUCUCUAUGAGAGCAUACGAGGAGCGUUAAGCGGCUCAGACGACAGAAGCCACAUACCCCGCCGAGGACGAGGGCCGGCCUCUUUCCCCUCCACCAAGGAGCAGCCUGUUCCCUGUCUGUCUCCGGCAGCUGCUGCCGUCGAUCAGGCCCGAGGCCGGACAGAACUGAAUUUUCAUAUCCAAGAUCUCUUUUCAUUCUCUUGAUAACCAGAAAGCAAAUAAGGAUGGCCGAGGCUUCUGAGAAUGGAAAGUCAACCAAAGCGAGCAUCCAGAAGGCGGAGGCUGAUCUGCCACCACCCCCUUCACAGGAGUCUGUCCCAGACCCACCUCCAGUUCCCGGGAGCCAGGAUUCUAACCCACUGCCUCCCCCGCCUCCUAAAGAAUCCUUCUCCAAGUUCUACCAGCAGCGUCAAGUGAACGAGCUGAAGCGACUCUACCGGCACAUGCAUCCCGAACUGCGGAAAAAUCUGGAAGAGGCCGUGACGGAGGAUCUGGCUGAGAUGCUGAGCGCCGAUGAUCCCACAGCGCAAGCCUCCGUGAAUUCAGACCCAGUGCUUCCAGGGGAAGUUCAGUCCAUGCGCUGGAUCUUUGAGAACUGGACAUUGGACUCCAUCGGAGAACAUCAGGGUGCCAAGAAGCUCGCAGAGGAGGAAGCCAUCCCAAGUGGGGACGUGAAGAUCAGGUCCAUGAAAUUUGAAAGCCAGUCAUUCAAUGGAGACAGGCUGACUGCCUUGGGCAGUGCAUCCAAGAACGAGCAAACCAAAGGGGAUGUUCACACCGCUCGGUGGUUAUUUGAAACCCAGCCGCUAGACUCGUUGAACAAAAUGUAUUUGGAUGAGACUGAUAUGCAAGAGGCGGUACUCAAGGAACCUGUCCAAAAAGGGGACGUGAAAGGAGCCGCGCAGCUCUUCGAAACUCAUUCGUUGGACGCUUUGGGCCGCUGCAGCUCGGUAGAGGAGCAGAGCAUCCUGCAACUCAAGUCCGAGAUCCAGGAGCUCAAAGGGGAUGUGGAGAAGACCAUCAAACUGUUCCAAACAGAGCCCCUCUGCGCCAUCAGAGAUAAAACAGGAAACAUCCACGAGAUCAAGUCGGUCUGCCGGGAAGAAAUACACAGCAACGCCGUGAGGACGGCUCGUUGGCUGUUCGAAACCCAGCCCCUUGACACCAUCAACAAGGACACGUCCAAAGUGCAAGUUAUACGAGGGAUAUCGUUAGAGGAGGUCGCAAAAGGGAAUGUCAGCGGAGCCAAGUGGCUGUUCGAAACCCAGCCCCUGGACGCCAUCAGAGAAAUUACUGUCGAGGAGGCAGAUUUCAAGGCUUCUCCGGAACUUGUCCAAGGGGCUGAUGUUACUAAGCAGUGCCUGCUUUUUGAGACUCAGCCUCUUGAUGCACUGAAAGGAGAAGUCACUGACAGCACCCCAGCCAAAGAAGAAGUCAUCAGAGGGGAUGUAAAAUCGACCCUCUGGCUGUUCGAGACCCAACCAAUGGAAACACUAAGGGAUAAUUUUGAAGUUGGGCAAUUGAAGAAAGUGGAGCUUUCAGAAGAGGAGAAAGGAGCUGUGAAGCAAAGGAAGCACGUUUUUGAGACCUGUCCUUUGGGAAGCAUCUCCAAGGCCCUGUCCGAAGACCUCUCAGCCACCAACAUACAAGAGGUAGAGAAAGGCGACGUGAAAGCUUUCAAGAGUCUCUUUGAGACCCUCCCUUUAGAUAGCAUCAGGCAAGUCAGCACCGAAGAGGUUGCCAAGGAAGCAGAGGAAGUACCCCGUGGGAACGUCAAAGCCAACCAGUUCCUGUUUGAGACAACACCCUUGUACGCCAUCAAGGAUUCCUUUGGGAAUUUCCACGAGGUUACUUCCGUGAGCAGAGAAGAGGAGGUUGUGGGUGGAGAUGUUAAGAACUACAAAUGGAAGUUCGAAACCAAGCCUUUGGACCAGUUUGACGACAGCUUCCAGAAAGUAGACAUCAUCAAGGGGAUCACAAAGCAGGAAGUGGUGGCCGGAGACGUUAAGACGGCCAAGUGGCUGUUCGAAACACAGCCCAUCGAUGUCAUCCACAGCCAAAUCAACCUGACGGAGCAAAAUGCUUCUGAGAAAGGAGAGGAGUCCCAAGGAGGUGACGUGAAGACCUGCAGGUGGUUGUUUGAGACGCAUCCAAUGGAUGCUCUAUACGAAAAGACAGAGAAGAAGCAAGACAGAGAAGAACCUGUGCCACAAGGGGAUGUCAAAUCGUACACUUGGAUGUUUGAAACACAGCCCUUGGACUCCCUGAGAGGCCAGGAAGAGCAAUAUUUGCAGGUCAGCAAAACAUUUCCCCAAGAUGAAUUACAAGGGGUAGAUGUGAAAACCGCCAGACACCUAUUUGAGACAGAACCCUUAAUUGACAAUGCCUCUGACGAUGUCAAUUCAAAGAAAAUAAUCAGGUACUCCAGCCGCAUAGAGAUGCAAUCUGGAGAGGUGUCCCGGGUGAAAGAGUUAUUUGAAGCCAAGCCCUUGGAUUCGGCCGGGAAAUCAAACACAGCCACGAAAGAGAUCAGUUUCCCAGAAGAUGAGAACAUAGAGCCUGGGGCUGUCCACAAGUUUACUUGGCUCUUUGAAAACUGCCCCAUGGACACCUUGAAAAGCAGCACGGAGGGCUUUCAAGAGGUACCUCCAGAAAAGGACAUUCGGAGUGGAGACGUUGGAGGCAAGAGGUUCAUCUUCGAAACCUACUCCCUGGAUCAGAUCCAUGACAAAGAGAAUGAGAUACAAAUCAAGAAGAUCCAGGAACAGACCCUGAACAAAGCCGCUGUCAAGUCCUGUACCAUGCUCUUUGAGACUCAGCCGCUGUACGCCAUCCAGGACAGAGAGGGAGGCUAUCACGAAGUCACAUCGGUGAAGAAGGAAGAAAUCGUGAAAGGUGACGUGAAGGGUGCCAGGUGGCAAUUUGAAACCAAACCCUUGGAUCAGAUCAAGAAAGACGAAGAGGUGUUUGUGAUCAGGGCAGUGACCCAAGAGGACUUCAAGAAGGGCGAUGUCCAAGCGGCCCGGUGGAGAUUUGAAACGGAGCCUCUAGAUUCCAUUGCUGAAGAUAAGAGGCCAGUUCUGAGGACCGUUGACGAUGUACAGAGGGGAGAUGUCCAGUCCAAUAAGCAACUCUUCGAGUCAGAGAAGUUCGGUCAAAAAAGGUACGUUAGGAUGGUCAGUGUGAGUGAUGUCCAGCAAGGAGAUGUAAGGACAUCCACUUGGCUUUUUGAGAACCAGCCCAUCGAUUCCCUCAAAGGACAGCCUGAAAGCACCUCCACCCUCAACACUGUUCAGAGAGAGGACAUCCAUAAAGGGGACGUGAAACGCUGUACCUGGCUAUUCGAGACUCAGCCCAUGGACAGUCUCAAAGACACUGAGGCUUCCUCCACUGCCGGACCCCCAGAGGUUGUUCCCCAGGCCAAUGUCAAGAGCACCACGUGGUUGUUUGAGAGCACGCCACUGGAUAAACUCAGCACCUCUGAACGCUGCACAGAAAUGGAAGUGAAGGAGAGAACCAUAACAGACACGUUGGGAGUCCUCUUCUCCCGUCAAGUGAUCCAACAUGGUGGCAUUCUUAUCGAAGCCAACGAUUCCGAGAGUGUCAAGAUGGCAAAAUAUCAAUGCAGCAGUCAAGGAGCCCCAGAAGUUCAAAAGGAGGAAGUCGUGGGAGGCCAUCUGGAAAGGAUCUUGUUGCAGCUCCUGCACAGGACCAACGUGGAGGCCCAAGGGUUGCUGGUGAAAGAAGAGGAGAACGGGGAUAUCAAAAUCAGCCCGGUGCAGCUUUUAGACCCAAGCACAGCAGAGAAAAGCAAAGAGGACUUGAGGAGUGAUGUGGCAAAAGCUCUCCACAGCCUCCUGAGUCAAGAUGCCUCUGCCAAGAAAGGAAUAGUUAUGCAGGAGACAGGGACUGGAUCGGUGAAGAUCACCAUCUAUUCUCUCUUGCACUGUGUUGCCCAGCAAGAAGAACCUGUCAAGGGUGAUGUGAAGUCCACCAUCGGGAAUCUGCUGGCUUCAUCGCAAGAGCAAAAGGCAACAGCAACCAUCAGGCGAGAGGACAACGAGAGAGGCAACGUCCACCUGUACACCACCUGCAUCGAGAAGGGAGAUCUUGACUACCUAAAGAACCUCCAAAGGGAUUCGGAAAUAGAAUCCCUUGUUUCCUCCCAAGCCAAAGAGGAACCACCGAGAAAUGCGCAAGAGGUCACAGCACCCGCCCAGCCGCAGGAAGAAAAAGGAGUGAAAACGACAGCAGAUGUGACAUUAGGGGGUAGCAGUGGGCCUAAACAAGUGUUCUUGUGUGACAGCAAGGAAGGUACCUUAGAAAGGGAGGCAGUGCUUGCCGGUGAUCCAGAUUGUACUUUGCGUUGUCUUAGGCAACUCCCAUCCGCAAUGGUAGAAACUGUUGUUUCAGGAAAUGUGAAAUUGGCUGAGAGUGGUAGCAACGGGGCAGUGAGGGAAGGGAAGAAGGAAGGCGAUAGAAAGGAGGGAACAGACUCCACCAAAGUGGCAACUCAGAAGGACGAGAUCGACGGGGCUAUCCAGGCGACGGCGCAGCCCAAAUCGCAAGACCUUGGGGGUGAUCUCCAAGCCGCAAUGCAAAGCCUCAGGCUAGCCACAGCAGAGGCCCAAAGCCUCCAGCACCAAGUCCACAACAAGUUGCAAAAGACCACUGAAAAUAUCCAUCUCGUUACUAAGCAACCCCAGGCGGCCACGCCUCAGCAGGCGGCGGCCCUGCAGGCAACAGUCUACGACGAGGGCCGUGCAGCCGGCAAGAAGCAGCACGCAAGCAACGUCGCCAUCGUCCGAGUGCAAGAGACGUCCAAGUCCCACACCAGCGUGUCUCAGAAGAGCACGGUGUCACGCACAAAGGUCAGUGCAUCCGAGGAAGUACAGGGAGGCAAGCUGCCCCCGGUAGACUAUCAGGAUGGUCCCGUGGCGCCUAGUGCCCAGAUUAGCAUUAAGGACGGCCUUUAUACUGCCCAGCCAGUGAAAACCUAUGUAAAUCCAUUUGUUGAGUCUGAUUACAAAGAGCACUCCGUUCCAGAAGAACGCGAGCAAGAUGCUAUAAUCAGAGGGGAUGUAAAGAUGGCUAUCAGAGCCCUGCAGAGUGCAGCGGCAGAACAGAGGCAAGUAGAAAAAGAGGACGUUGUCCGCGGCAGCUUAAAAGCCGCCCUCGAGUCCCUGGAAAAGUCUAACGUUAAUGUCUCCAAAGGAGAUUUUAAAGCAGCCAUGAUAUACAGAAAUGCAGGGCAGCCGUAUCCCGCUCGUAAAAAUAAAAAUGAGGCUCAGAUUCUUAGGGAGCAGGCAGCUGUAGCGGCUUCGGGCUCUCAAGCUGUUAAUGACUUUCCUCCUCCUCCUCCUCCUCCAGCUUCAGUAACGGGAAUUGUGUGCCCUUCGACCAAUCUGAGAGACGCCGAUGCUCUAAGCUGUCCCAUGACCAUGCAACCAUCUGUUCCUAAGACUGUUCAUCCUGCCCCCGCCAAGCCAAGUGACCAGAGACCUUUAGAGAAACCACAGCUUUUCCCCAAACCAGAAGUUAUCCCCCCACCCAGGAAGAAACCUCUUCCACCUCCAAAACCAGAGUUCCUUUUGCAAGAAGCACUGUCCCACCCUGCCGGCAGCCACCAAAGCCGAUCGGGAAAGGCGGUCUCUCCUCCUUUCCCUUCCAGAUCUCCAAGCAGGGGUGACCCGAACGUACCAGCAACCUCGCCCACAAAUCAAGCACAGGCAUCUGGCGGGGCCAACGUUCUAGACCCAUCUGCACUGAGACGAGAUUCAACUGACUGUCCUCUGCCUCCACCGCCGGUGGCAACUGCCGUCGAGAAAAGGGGUUUUGCAGAAAAAGCAACAAAGGAUAUUAUUAAGACACCUCUGCAAGUAGCAGAAGAAAAGUAUAAGUCAAGGAGAGAAGAGCAGAAGAAGCUGGAAGCAGCUGACCUUAAACAUUCAUCGGAGCCUAUUAAAAAUGGGUUCACUGACUGUGAAAGCCAUCCAACAAAAGAAAUUCAAGAAUCCCUGGGGUCCUGCCAGCCAGAAAAUGGAUGCUCGCUACCUGCAGGGCAAGAGGGCGCCUUGUCCCUUGAAGGCCAGAUAGGUCCUGUGCACGUGGAAGGUCAGAAGAAGCCAUAUCUUUCUGCCAAGUGUCAUGCUAAUGUUCUAAGGAAGGGAACCGUCACGACGCAUGCCUCGUCAUCGAGGAUAGAAAGUACAUCUACGUGCGAAGCUCGUGGAUCAAGGGAUAACCAGAAAACAAGUCCAAGGGCAGAAGAGAUCAUUCCAGAAGCCGCCGUUUCAGCACCUCCGUCUCUACCAUCAAAGCAGAUCUCGAAAGGGCAUCAGUGUUUGAACAGCAGGGAGUUUGGAGAUCUGUCAAUGAACACAGUGCAACAUGCAGAGACGGAAACGCCUGUGGUGGUCAUGCGGGAAAAAGCUUGCCGGGAAACGGAAGAAGAACGCCGCAAGAGGCUGUCUGUCCACAAGGAAGAAAUCAUGCAAGGCAACGUUAAAGAGGCCAUGGAAAUAUUUGAAAAUCUGCGGAAGCAGGAGGAGCUGCAGGAGAUUUUAACCCGUGUGAAGGAAUUUGAGGACGAGACCUCCAAAGUGGAUGUGAAAGCCCUGAAAAGCUUCUUUGAGAAGGUCCCUGAGUGGGUGGUGCAUCACCAGGUUCACCAGAUAAAACCGCCCAAGAUGGACAAGGCUGAGCAGAUAAAGGAAGUGAAGGAAGACACUGACAGCAUUUCUUCCGUGGAGCUGGCCUUUGAAGAUUUGGAGAGGGCAAGCGCCGAGAUCAUUCACUUGAAGGAGCAGACGCUAAGCCGGCUGCUGGAUAUCGAAGAGGCCAUCCGGAAAGCUCUCUAUUCCAUUUCUAACCUCAAGUCUGAAUCAGACAUCGCUGGGCUUUCGGGACUGCUCCAGGAGUCUCUCGGGAACUCACAAAGCCUGGUGGCCGGCAACAAUAUCCGCAAGAUCAGCAUUGUAUCCAGCAAAGCCAGGCAAGAGAGAGGGAUCCAGAACUCGUCCUGGGGAGUCGAAAAGAUGGCAGAAAAGACCGAGAUGCCCAAGAUAGAGCUAGAGGUCCCCUUGAUCAUUCAGCCCCGGGCAAAUUCCCCUUCUUCUCCUUCCUACAUCUCCAUUCAAUCUGCUGCAAGGAAGCCUGCAGAGUCACCCAAGAUGGCACACUCCUCUGCACUGAAUUUAAUCGACGCGGCCGCGGAAAGGGAACUGUUCACUCAAGGUCUUUUUAGCUCGCUGCCGCGCAAGUCCGUGAGGUCCGACGGAUGCAACUUGGCUUCUUGUGAAGGUGAACAAGAGCCCAUCCAGAUGAGUAAAGGAACGGGCUUGGUUAAACAACAACGUCUCAGCGGUUCGGAAUCUCUCCAGCCCCAGAUUAACAACAACGGUGACAAAGAAUGGGACUCGUCUCAAAGUUUGAUCAAAGGAGGAGUGCCCGACUACCCUUCCAAAGCUUCCCUGAGUGCUUUAAGCCCAUCAAACCCACGGAGACAGAAAAGCAUACUAGAACUUCAGACAAGUCCUGAUGGAUCCAAGCUCUAUGGGGCCACCAGAACUGUGAUGGAGGAGUAUGAGGAGGUGGAUGAGUUUGGAAACAAAAUAAUCACUUCCUCCACGACGGUCACCAAACAAUCGGAGACUCAGACCUCCUCCACGUGCGACAUGGUUUCCUGCCCUACCAGGUACGAAGUGACCGCCUCGCCGAUCCUCCGCAAAUACCUCAACAGCCCAGACGGCUUCCCCACAAGCAGCGGCAGCCAGGAAACAGGGGUGGUCUUUGUUACUUUUGGCAAUUCCAAACCGGCGAAGAAAUAAGAAGAUCAUUUCAUGGGAAAGCAAACAACGGCAGCUGUGAUCCACAAACAUUAAAUGGCAGGACUUGGAUGGGAGGCAGUUUUAAGCCGACAUUUUAAAAGGACUUGUUUGACUUAAAAUCUAGGUUGUUGGAAACGAAGCAAUUUGUGGAUUAGGCAGCCUGUUCGAGGAGAGCUUUGCAAAAACUUUCAGAAUACAGUCUUACAGCUUGCGAAUGAGUCAAACGAUACAUUUGGAACCGGUUCGUGAAGAAAUGGCUACCGAUUUGCUAUCACAAGAGAUAUAUAGGGCCUGGAAUCCAGAGGAAAGAAAAUCUGGAUAGAACAAACGAAUGGGUGGGAGGCGCGGGAGUACUCCUCUCAAGAAUUUUCUAUGUCUUUUCGUGACUUUGCAUUAUAUAACCAAGGAUUGCCAACUAUACGAUACCAAGAUCCAGAGUUUGUUUCCAACAACCGACCGUGAGAUUCUCAAAGCAGAGGCCAAAGGACUCAAUUAAAGAAUCAGUGAGUCAAUAAUUUUUGGAAAAGCCUUCAUUUUCUUCUUUUUGCUAUCGAAACAAACCUUCCUGCCUGCCAUUUUUUCUUCUUCUCUCUCACCUUCAUAAUCACCCAAAAAGAGACACAUCUUCCUUCCUGUAUAGGGUUGAAAUCAUUUCUUUUUUCACUACCAGACCACUUUCAUUGGGGGGGGGGGAGAGAGAAUGCGUAGCACUAGUCAUAUUUAGCCAGAGCUGAAUGCUAUGGGGAAGUACAUGAAAUCAGAACAAUUUCUGACAUUAUUACCCUUGUCCCUAAGGAGAAAUUGAAAUCGCAUUAUUCUAGUUUAGACUGAGAUGGAUUUUAGACAAACUUAGAGUUAUUGCUUUUCUCUUUUUUAUUUUAGAUUUGUAAUUUAUUGUUCCUUGUUAACAAGUCUUUACUUUUCGACUCUGCUUUCUUAC